GGCGAGUGGAAAACUUUCACAGCCAUUCAAUCAUUGCCUUGCACAUCUAAAGCACUCGUUUGGUUUACAAAAUACAUCCUUUAUAUAUUUUAAUAUUUGGCUUGGAUUUCGCUUAAUAGCAAGAAUGUUUGCCGCAAAGCAAAGAAGCUUGACAGCAAGUGGAGUGCGAUAUUUUCGCCUGGGCUGGCAUCACAGUGCGUUUGGCAGGACCAAAGGAUGUGACAAGACCUCGGCCACAGUGCUCACCAGCCAUUUGUCCAAGGAUCAGCAAACGGAGCUACUUCCGGAGGAGCCACGAAAGCCGGAGGAACUUAUGCAGCAUUUGGGACCGCGUCGCAAUGAACAGGAGCAGCGAAGGAUACGCAAGGCUCAAUACGAAUCGCAUCUGAAAGAGUUGGUCCAGCACAAAUCCGUGGACGCCGAAAUGGCCAUACAAUGUGUGCCUUUUGUGAAAAUGCCUUGCGGUUCGGAAAAUCCGCUAAAACGGCGUUACGAUAGUGCCGAAUCACUACUCGAGCAGGUCAGCGAUCCCAAGGAAUUGGCCAAGGAGGUGAUCAAAUUGGCCAACGAGUUGCGCAUGGAGCGGCAGAAGAAUGAAAUUGUCAUGCAAAGUUUUUUGGAUCUAGAGGAAUUGUUAUUUUUGAAAAACUCUGCGUCGAGUUCGGAAAACUCCGCAACGAAACAAGCCAGUCAAAAUCAAUAUAAUACCUUUAAACCUUUUAGAAAAAAUUAAAUUAAAUUAAUUAGGCGUGAUUUCUGAUGUUAAAUAAAUCGGUUUACAAGAAGGCAUUUUCAGAAGCAUCUACAAA